AUGUGCUACCAACCUACCCUGCUCCUUCCCUUUGAAAUUGUCUAUGAUUUUGUAGGGGAUAAUUUACGAUCUUGGGAUGAAGCGAUUCGGGCUAAUAAUUUACGAAUUUAUGAAUUGAUUAAUAGAAAGAAUUAUACGAAAGAGCAAACACACGAAUUGCAAGACAAUUAUUCGGAAAUUCAAGAAUUGAUAGAAAAUUUUCAUAUUUUAAAUUCAUCGGAAAGGAACGAAUUGAGAAAAUUAUUGACUCAGAGAUGUAUUGCAAGAUUACAAACAAAAGAGUGGAAGUUUGCAAAACAAGAUUUGAUACAUGUUAUUAAGAUAUUAAAUUUUGAACCAAUUAGUGGAACAAGUGAAGAAGUAUCAUGUCCUAGCUCAUACAGUUAUUUGUCUGAAUAUUUGAUGGGUCUUUGUUGUGAUGGAUUGGGAGAGUUUAGUGAGGCAGUUCAACACUUUAGGAAUGCAAUCAAGCAUCGUGAAGAGGUGGAACAAGUGUUGAAAGUGGGAAAGGAAGAUUUGGAAAAGAAGUUGAUCAAGCUGGAGGAGCCUUUCUUUCUUGUGCAAAUGGAAGAAAAGAAAUCUAUGGAGGAGAAGGGAAUGAGGAAAAGACUUGCUAAGUACUUUAAUUGGAAUGGUAGUUCAAAUAUUGAGUCGAAACGAUCAAGUUUUGUUACACUUGAAGAAUUGUACAUAAGAGCAGGUCUUUCUUAUUACCUUGAAACAUUCUAUUCUGAUUCUAUCAUUUAUUUAAAUAAGGCCAUCACUUUGGGAGAAGAAAAUAAUUCAGAAUUAGUUGCAUCAUCGUAUUACAAUAGAGGACUUGGUAAAUAUUAUCUAGGUGAUUGGAAAGGAGCUAUUCAAGACUUUUCAAAAUCGAUAUCAUUAAUGCCAGUUACUGAACAGAGAUAUCAAAAUUUAAUAAUGAGAGCAUCAACGUAUGGUAUAGACAGUUGUAGGUAA